GCUCGCUUUGCUCGUCCGAUAAAAAAUUAAGGGACCUACCCGUUUCGAUACGAGCGCUACUGUUAGGUACUUGCCCCAACGGGCUAGAACUAUAUUUUCCCCGGUGGAUCAGCACCAGCAGCCUCGUCAGGGGGGCUUUAUAUAGGAAUACACUAAGGUUCCGCCCAAGCCACUGCUGGUGGGGUAACUACCUAUGUAAGAGGUAUGCACUUUGAAAGAAGUUUCCAUAGAGCUUCCGACCCUUCGAAACGGACCUUAACAUAAGCUUCAAACGAGCUCGAUCCACGAUGCUCUCCCGAACAGCAAGACACCUCGCUCCCUCCCGCACCCUCACAGCGCGCGCAUCGCGCCAUCCCACCCCCCUCCAGCAACUCCAGCGCCCACGGGCACGCUUCUCCUCGUCCUCGCCCGCGCCCGGUGGACAAGAAGCCCCGUCCCCAAAUGCGCAAUUCUGGAAGACCUUCGGGCGGCCUAUCGCGAAAGUACUCCUCGUCGCCGUCUUCACGUACCAACUAGCGUACUACGGCUGGGUGCGCCUAGAGCAGGACGAGACCCGGGCUAAGAUACGAGGCACGCGCGCCUUACCCUUACCCUUACCCCUACCCGUCACCCCGCAGAGCUAACACGAGCAAACCGCAGCGACUAUUUCCGAUCUCGAAGCCAGGAUAGAGCAGCUCGAGAAGGCGCGGAAGAAGUAAAGAUGCGCUAGGUCAUUAACGUAGGACAGAUAUCAUCGCCUUAGAUUCGCCGACGAGGAUGUAUCCGCGGUAGUGACGACGUUAACGUGGAAUUGAAACAACAAAUUAUUAAGUCCGUUAUUCUUAGCUGGAUAUGAGCCACGGCAUAGACUUGUUUGGAAGC